CGUUUGCCCAAGAUCGCGCCUAAACCGAGUGUUUCAGAAAAGAAAAUGUUGAAACCAGGUGGUAUUUUUGGAUUUUAGACAGAAUCUCUGAUUGUGGACAACGGUAGGAAAAAUCUCUCCCGGUUUUUUACAAAGAUUCUUACUGAAGGUGCCUGUUACGGGAAAUGACGCUCACUGCCGCUCCGUUCUGCCAGUAAGAAACACGUGGAAAUUCACCUGUAGGGAUUUUUCCCCUCCCUCUCUCUCGGUUACUCCCUCAUUGAAGGAUUUCAAUUCAGAUUCCAGCCACGCACUAAAGCAGGGAAGGAUGCGGAGCAGGGAGCGGGGAUUGCGCACUCACAGAGCUUUUCUCCAACAACCGUCCGUCUUCCGUGAGUUGGAGUUGAGGGAGGUGAAUGAGAGUGGCCCUCUCGUCUGUGUCCUGAGAACACGUUAUCCGGGGUUCCUUCAUCAUCCUUCAGCCUGCAAGUAUCAGGUGUCCAUGUUACACAGAACCAAAUCUGCAUUUCUCUGUCUGUGAAUGAAGAAGAAGAAAAAGAUGCCUGGAGAUAACGGCUGUUUGAGAGUUUGUAGCAGAGGUUUGUAUAGCUGCAACUGGAGGAACUCAAGUGACAGAACAAGGAAAUGUUCAUGCUGCUGGUUUUCAUUCGUCACCGUGGCGUCCCUGCUUUGCAUGUGUUGGAUGUAUUUUUGUCUGGUUUCUUUCAACGACCGCGAGGAAGUGAACUCAAAGGCAUUCACGGAGCUGGAGCUGUGGGUGAACUGGUUCAUGGUGGCGAUCAUCAUUUCUGCAGCGUUAACCAGCUACUGUGUUCUGCUGCUGGUCUUUGCACUGAUUCAAGUUGCAUUAAGGGAACAACUUGACUUACACUGGCUGCACAAGAUCUUCCUCUCUUUUGGUGUGAUAUUCAUCACUCUGCUGGUUGCAGGAAUCAGUCGCGUGUGGAACCGGGAAUGGCCAACUGUUCCCCUUUCACUCCAGGCCACUGCGCCGUUCUUGCAGUUUGGUGCCGUGGGGGCCUUGACUGUGCUGAGCCCAUUUGUCUUCCAGGUCUUCCACGAUAACAGAAAAGGAUGCAAGGUCCUGACUGCUGUGGUGUUUCUAGUUGUGUCAGCUGCGAUCUUCCUGUGUCCUUUAUGUAUCCAGUCACCUUGUUUAAUAGAACUGGAGGACUUACCUGAAAAACCAAAAUUCAUUGGCCACAGAGGUGCACCAAUGCUGGCUCCAGAGAACACCAUGAUGUCAUUCAACAGGAGCAUUGGAUGUGGCGUGACGGCCUUUGAGACGGACGUGCAGAUAAGCAAAGACAGAAUUCCCUUCUUGAUGCACGACAAUAAGGGCAAGUUCUUGCUGAGAACAACAGAUGUGUCUCAGGAGUUCCCAAAUAAAACAUUCAACAACAGUACAGACUGGACUUUUGAUGAAUUACAGCGUCUGAAUGCAGGAGAAUGGUUCCUGAAGAUGGACCCUUUUCAAUCAGUAUCCCAGCUCUCUGAAGAGGAAAAGAAGAGAGCCAGAAAUCAGAGUAUUCCCUCAUUACGUCAGCUCCUUGACCUCGCCAAAGAGCACAAUAUUUCAGUCAUAUUUGACCUAUAUAGUCCUGAUGAGAAUAAUGAUACAGUCAACACCAUCCUAAACUCCAGCAUUGACCCAAGCCUGGUUUUAUGGCUUCCUCCAGCAAAAAGAGAGUAUGUAAAGAAGGUUGCUCCAAAGUUCAUCCAGAUUUACAAAAACCGAAUAGAGAUGGAGGAAAAAUCGGGAAACCACUUAAAUGUGAAAUACAGCAACCUGAGCAUGGACGAAAUCAGGGAACUUCGGAGGGAAAACAUCACGGUCAACCUGUGGGUAGUUAAUGAGCGCUGGCUGUUCUCUCUGCUGUGGUGUGCAGGAGCCAGCUCCGUUACCACCAACUCCUGCCACCUCCUGAAGGACAUGAAGCGGCCGGACUGGGUGUUGUCCCCUUCUACUUACCUACUAACAUGGAUUUUAGUGGAUAUUGCAUCCAUCUUGAUAAUGAUCGGAGUCUUUGCCCUUCAAUGGAAAACCCGUUGCUGUUUACGUGAAGAGUGGUCAAGAAACAGCAAUUCAACGCAGAAUGAGAGAGAACUGUCUCGUUUACUUUAUGCUGCGUAGAUCGACAGACUUCAGCAGCAGAUGUUUGAGCCUUGAAGCUGUCCUACAUCCUUUCCUGCACUGACACAGCAGACUGGAGCUGCAUCAGGGGGAACGUUAAUGUAUCACUGCCAUACACGUUAUUAUCAAGUUUAACUGAUUUGUCCAUUUAAGCGUUCAUUUUUUUUCCUUUGCUACUGAAAAUACAGUGCCUUUGACUUUAUGGAUGUAUAACAUGGACUUAAAAUCCGCAUUGGUUUCCUUUAGCACUUUACUCAUUCAAUGAGUCUUUAAAGGAUCAUGGGAUCACUACUGCAGGAACAGCAUGUCUCUAAUCUGAGCCAAAUGAGCUAAAACUUUUUUCUUUUUUUUAAACUCUGUCUUGUGUAUAUGUUGUAUUACAUACUAUAAAGGGAAUAAACAAAUACUUGAAAUGGAGCAAUUUCAAAAAUAUAACCAGUAGCAUUAGAAACAUAGUCAUUGGUUCUUUUUGUUUUUCCAUGUAUGAAACCAGUCUUUGAUAAACAGCAGGCUUUGUUUUCGAUAUGUUCUUUUGCUCAGUGUGGAGAUUCAGGAGGAUGUUGUGUCAGCUAUUGAGACAGAUAUGCACCAUAUUUUCAUGGUCAGUGUAUCACCACUGUAGAAAACUCAUAUCUGUAACCUGAGCCAUAUGCACUUACAAAAAAAGAAGAAGAAAAGUCUACCGUGUCUUGUGUAUAUAUAAUUGUAUCCCUCUGCUGCACUAUGUAUUGUAAAGGGGAGUAAGAAAAACUUGAGAUUGAACAGAUUUUUAAAAAUAAAAGCCAUUAGAAAUGUGUUGGUUUGAGAAGUAUUAGUUCAGACUUUUUCAUGCCAAAAACAAAUAUAAAAAAAAGAGCUCUUACUGUCCAUGGUUUACAAAUCAGUCCUGAACCUCAAGAGGGUGAUGCUUUAGGUACUAAGACAGAUAAGAGGGUUACAUUUUCUGUAUAAAUUCUGCAUAAGAAUAAGAAAUGUAAAGGACAUGGGGGUGUAUCCACUGUAUUAAACUCCAUCAUUUGAUAAA